AUGCUGCGCGGGUGCCGUGCGGGCUCCGUGCUCGCAUCGCGGAGGUGGUUCGCUUCCGGAGCCUCGUUCGAUGUAGUCAGUCCCGCAGAUGGCACCACGGUGGUCGCCACGGUGAGAACCGACGACGAUCGCCGAAUCGUCGCCAAGUUUUGCGGGGCCUAUCAGGCGCAGCGAAGCUGGCGCACGAUGCCGUGGGAGGAUAGGGCGGCCUUGAUGGGGACCUUUGCCGAACGCUUGCGUGACUGCGCUGGGGAUAUAUCUCGCAUAAUCACUUCCGAGACGGGUAAACCCUUGACGCAGUCGAGGGCGGAGGUCAACGCGGCCGCCCGGCGAGUGCGAGCGAUGAUCGACCUGAGCGAGAGGGCACGGGCGCGCAUGGAGUCAAACAGCGUCCGCGCCUCGUCCGGGUCGGUGACCGAAAAGGUGGUGCACGAGCCGGUCGGGGUGGUGGCGCACGUAUCCGCAUGGAAUUACCCAGCGUUUCUGGCCGUGAACGUGUUGGUUCCAGCGCUAUUGGCUGGGAACGCGGUGUUGCACAAGCCGAGCGAGCAUUCCCCCGGCGUCGGCGAGCGCCUGCGAACGCUCCUGUUGCAGUCCGACGUUCCAUCCGACGUGUUUCAGGUGUGUCAAGGCGGACGAGACGUGGGCAGGGCGUUGGUGAGACUCCAGGGUCUGGGAGCUGUGGCGUUCACGGGUUCUAGGGAGGCUGGGACGGAGGUUGCCGCCGUCGCGGCGAGGAGCCACGCGAGAGCCAUCCUCGAGCUCGGCGGCGUCGACGCGGCGUACGUCAGGCGGGAUGUAUCCGACGUGGAGCGAGCGGGUAUGAGCGUGGCGAGCGGGGCGUUCCACAACGCGGGUCAGGGGUGCUGCGCGAUCGAGCGGGUCUACGUCCACCGCGACGUGUACGAAUCAUUCGUCGAGGCGUUUGUGUCCGAGGCUGCCAAACUUCGAGCGGGCGACCCGGCGGAUGAAACGACGACGCUGGGUCCGCUCGUGUCGCGCGAGGCGCUGCGAAGGGUGGAGACUCACGUGAACGAUGCGGUUCGUUCGGGAGCGAGUGUUCUCUUUCGCGGGGACGCACCCGCGGAGGGAUACUUCCACCCAGCCGUGGUGGUUGGCGGUGACGCGUUGAGGGGUUCGCAGCGCGCGAGGCUGAUGACGGGCAGGGCAGAAACGUUCGGUCCAGUCGCCGCGGUCAUCCCAGUUGACGACGACGAGGAGGCGAUCGAGGCGAUGAACGACACGUCGUACGGUCUAACCGCGAGCGUGUAUACAUCGGACGGUGCCGCGGCCGAGUCCAUACUCGGCCGCCUGGACGUCGGCACUGGGUACUGGAACGCUUGCAACGUUCCGUCGGCCAACUUGCCUUGGACUGGUAGACGAGGUUCCGGCGGGGGUAGCGGGGGUUGCACUCUAGGUGAGGAGGGGUACACCUCGUUCACGCGUCCAAAGGCGCUCUACAUGCGGUCCAGGGCGUGA